AUGUCUGACGCUCAGAACGUUCCCAACUUUAAGCUGGUGCUGGUCGGUGACGGUGGUACCGGCAAGACCACUUUCGUCAAGCGUCACCUUACGGGUGAGUUUGAGAAGAAGUACAUUGCGACCCUCGGUGUCGAGGUGCACCCGCUGCAGUUCCACACGAACUUUGGUCCGAUCGUCUUCAACGUCUGGGACACGGCGGGCCAGGAGAAGUUUGGUGGUCUGCGCGACGGCUACUACAUCCAGGGCCAGUGCGGUAUCAUCAUGUUCGACGUCACCUCGCGUAUCACGUACAAGAACGUGCCGAACUGGCACCGUGACCUCGAGCGCGUCUGCGAGAACAUCCCGAUCGUGCUCUGCGGCAACAAGGUCGACGUGAAGGAGCGGAAAGUCAAGACCGGCGCUGUGACCUUCCACCGCAAGAAGAACCUGCAGUACUUUGAGAUCUCGGCCAAGUCCAACUACAACUUCGAAAAGCCGUUCCUGUGGCUCGCCAGGAAGCUCGUCGGCAACGCGGCCCUCGAGUUCGCCGCUGCCCCUGCCCUGGCUCCUCCGGAGGUCCAGAUCGACCACAACCUCAUGGAGCAGUACAACAAGGAGCUCGAGACGGCUGCUGCUGCGCCUCUGCCCGAUGAGGACGACGGUGACCUCUAA